GCCGGGUCUCCACUUCUCGGCCGCACCUCCCAUGACAGCGCCCGCGCGAAGAUGGCUGCGAAGGGCGCGCACGGCUCCCACCUGAAGAUGGAGAGCGAGCUGGAGCGCUGCCGCGCGGAGGGCCACUGGGACCGCAUGCCCGAGCUGGUCCGGCAGCUGCAGACGCUGGUCAUGCCCGGCGGCGGGGGCAACCGGCGAACCAGCCCGAGCGCCGUGUUCACCUCUCUGGACACGGAUGACUUUGGGAAGUUGCUCCUGGCCGAGGCCCUCCUGGAGCAGUGUUUGAAGGAGAACCACGCCAAGAUAAAAGACUCCAUCCCUUUGCCUGAGAAGAAUGAGCCGAAGAUGAAUGAAGCCAGAAACCAUCUGAGUAGUAUCCUUAACCACGGGAGGCUGUCUCCACAGUACCUGUGUGAGGCCAUGCUGAUCCAGGGCAAGCUGCACUACGUGGAGGGCUCGUACCGAGAUGCCAUCAGCAUGUAUGCGCGGGCCGGGAUUGAUGACAUGUCCAUGGACGACAAGCCACUGUAUCAGAUGCGGCUGCUGGCAGAGGCCUUUGUCAUCAAAGGCCUCUCCCUGGAACGCCUGCCCAACUCCAUCGCUUCCCGCCACCGCCUGACUGAGAGGGAGGAGGAGGUGAUCACCUGCUUCGAGAGGGCCUCCUGGAUCGCUCAGGUGUUCCUGCAGGAGUUGGAGAAGAUCACAAAUAACACCACGGCACGGCACCUGAAAGGCUCUCACCCGGUCGACUAUGAGCUCACCUACUUCCUGGAAGCCGCCCUCCAGAGCGCUUACGUGACAAACCUGAAGAAGGGGUAG